AUGGCCCGGUUCCCCGGCGCCGGGCCCACCUGUUGCCGUGACAAUCAACACAAGGCCCCGUUGCCAUGUCGGUCAGACGAGGCGGCGUCCAGAGCGGCUGAUGUCGCGUCGGCCGGUCGAGAGAGAGGCCGUUUCGUCGAUCCUUGCAGCCAACUUUUGCACGUCUGGCAGGGCAUAGUGACGCUGGCCUUUCUCUACAACCUCUGGGUCAUUGUCUACCGAUUCGCUUUUGACGAGGUCUCCACGGCAACUCGAAUCACCUGGUUUCUGGCCGACUAUCUGGCCGACGCCGUCUACCUGGGCGACAUCAUUGUCGGCCUGCACACGGCCCACUAUGAAGAGGGUGUGCUACAGACGACGCCCAGCCGGAUUCGAGCCCACUACAUGAACUCGACGCGUUUCUAUGUCGAUCUUCUGGCGCUGUUGCCGCUCGACUUUCUCUACCUUUCGAUCGGCUACAUGUCGCUGGUGCGCAUCAUUCGGCUCGCCAAGUUCCGUCAAGUUCUCGCCUAUCCGGCCCACUUCGAGCGCCACACGGCGCACCCGAACGCCUUCCGAGUCGUCUACCUUUUGCACGGAUUGGCCAUCCUCUUUCACUGGAACGCCUGUCUGCAUCGUUUGGUCGCCGGGCUUGUGCUGUACCGCGGCGCCGGCCUCCUCGACGCCGACUUCUCGGCCGAAGUGGCGGCCGCACUGCGUGACGCUUUGGCCACUUGGCGCAGUCCCUUCGUGACAGCCGAUCCAGUCGCGGCAGUUGGAGUUGACAACCGGACGGUCAAGACGACCGUCGCGAGCACGCGGACCAGGGCGGGCAGCAACGCGUAUCUGGACACUCUGUACCAUUCGACAAUGGCGCUCACCCUCACCGGGACCGGACUGCCGACUCCGUUCGAGAAUGUCGGAUACUUGUUCGUUCUAUUCGAGUUGGUGCUCGGCCUGCUCGUCUUCGCGUUGGUGCUUGGCUACAUCUCAAAUAUACUCUCCAACAUCAACGCUGAACAGAAAGAAUUCCAAAGUGAGUCAUGCCGGUGGAGAGAAUGGAAAUCGCGGUGA